UCUACACUUAAAAAAAUACUUUAAAUUGAUACGCUUGCCUUCCCGCAUUUAGAUGCCCCCUCCUCACCCCACCCACUAAACUGUGGCGCUUGGCACGUCGACUUUGUCCUUCAGUUCUUACCGAAAGCAACGUGGUUGCAGCGGUGUGUCUUUAGUUUACAUAUCUGAACAACUCGUGAGAAUCAUUUCUAUAGUUUUUUUCAGUGCAGUUGACUUGUGUGAAGCUUCCUUUUCCCUGCAAGGUUCAACGUUAAAGGCAUUAGCAGGUGUCACGGAGCUCCAAGAUGCCUAACAAAAGAACAAAGAGAAAGUUGGCAGACUCAGAGCCGCCGUCCAAAUCGUCCAAAGUCACCUUCCUGAGCCCAUCUCUUAUCCUGCUGGAAAUCCCCGCUGACACCAACACCAGCCUCCCAGUGUGGGAGGCCAUGAGAUCCCAGCAGGUUGACAUCGCCUGGACCGUUAACCCUUACAGCAUCAGUGUUCACUUAACCCCUGUGAGCUCUACGCAAGGGAAGAUUACAACUUCCAGAAAAAGUGAAAGCACAUCCAGUGUGGCGCAGACCAUAGUGCCUUCCACCAGGAUCCUGCAACCUCAGAUGGUCAUCCAGUUCAUCACUCAGCAGCAUGGCGCCACUCAGAACUCCUGUGUCCUGCUCACCCUUUCCCAAAACGGCACCCAUUUGCUGCCGAGCCCACCAGGUCAACCACUGAAAAUACCUCCAAACCCUACACCAGCCACUGCCGUCAUCGUUUCCCUGCCUCUCAUCAUCACCCAACAACAGCCUCCCCAUCAGCCUGGCACCUCUACCAAGAGACAGAUCCUACCCGCCACCCAGAGCCCAACAGCCACUCCCACCAAGCAGCGAGCCCCGUCCAAAGUGCCUGUCCCCUCUCUGUUUCACACGAGGAGCUCCCCUGACAUCCAGGUCUGUGACAGAUUCCUCCUGGGUUUGUGUAGCGCAGGGAAAAGGUGUAAGAUGCACCACACUCCCUACCCGUUUCACUGGCAGCUGUGGUGUGUGACCACCCACCAGUGGAUCGACAUCCCCUCUCGCUCUCAGGUCUUACUGGAGAGGAACUACUGCAAUGUCGACCAAAAGCUCAUUUACUUCAAGGAUGGGCUUGUCCUCUACACUCUUGUCUUUGACUCGAUGAAGUUGAACAACUCAUUUCACUAUGGUGGGGUUAGACGACUGACUAACUCUGACAGUCUGGUCAAGAACCCUUACUUUGCCAGCAAAUGGAAAAUCUACUGGUGGAACAACCUGGAAUGGGAAGAGUACAACAAGGAUGUGUCAACCUCGCUCCUAAAGAAGAUGAGCGAAAAGGAGCCCGAGUGUUCCUUCUACAUUGGCUCACAGCAGUACAAGGUGGACCUCGCCACCAUGACCCAGUCCAACGUCACCACGGGGUUCCAGAGAAAAGUUCGCUGCAGACCCAUCUACUGCUCCCCCAAAUCCAUGCAGCCUUACCUGCAGACAGGAAUCCAGCCUGUCUCCACCGAGCCUGUCGGUGAUCCUCCAGGUGAAAACUUCAGCGUGGACCCUCUGCAGGAGUUCAGCUCCUGGUAUCCUCCAGUGUGGUGUCUGGCCUCGGAGCAGGACUACAGCCUAGUGGACCUUCCGGCUGGCACACAGGCCUACCGGAGUAUUGAAAACCUCUUCAAUGAGAGUCUGCCUGAGACCAAGGUGGACAUCAUCAGCAUCGAGCAGAUCCAGAACCUCCUCCACUGGGACAAGUACCAAAGGCAAAAGGCGUACAUGCAGAAGCAGCACACCAACUCUAAGGAGCCUCUUGAGAGACAUCUCUUCCACGGGACAACCAAAGAGCCCUCAGAGGACAUCUGCCACAACAACUUCGACCCCCGCAUGGCCGGGGUCCACGGAACGUCUCAGGGUUUUGGUUCCUACUUCGCCACCACCGCUUCCUUCUCCCACAAGUACACAGCCAGGGAGGGGCCAGAUAAGGUUCGCCACAUGUUCCUAGCCAAAGUCCUGGUGGGGAAGACGUGUCUCGGAAGGUUCAACUACCGCAGGCCGCCGCUUAACUCCAAGAUGAGGCAGUUCUAUCUCUACGACAGCUGCGUGGACAACAUGGACAAACCCACUAUGUUUGUAGUUUUUGAUAGCUGUCAGUGCUACCCAUACUACCUCAUCAAGUACAAAGACCUGCCCCAAGAGAUUGAUAUUUGAUGAAGAGGACAGGCAUUGAUGGCACGGGAGUUAGUUUAUGCUAAUCGUUCAGACGUAAACAGUGUUAGAGUUGAUGUAAGAGGACCCCGAAAUGUUAUCAACUGCAUCAAAUGUUGUCAGUUGCAGCAAAUGCUCAGUUCGCUCACUUAAAAUGUGCAAUAUAUAUGGAUGAUGUGCAAUAAUGUUCUACUUGACAACAAUGAAGACAAGGAACCAUACAGUAAAAAUUUUGUAUAAACUUAUGAAGCACUUUAUUUUUCAAAAUGUCUUUAUUUUAGUUAUUCAAACAUUUUAAAUCAAUGGAAAUAAGUACUUUUGUUUUUCUUUCAAAGCUGUUCUGAAUCAAAUUGACAUCUGUUGU